AAAGGCCUAUUGAAAGGAGUUACUUUAAUGGGGUCCUUAUCUGUCGGAUGACUCUUCAAUUUUUCAAAAAAAAGACCUGCCUCCAAACGACUCCAUUGUCUUUGACACUAUAAAAAGACUACUAAUCCCGAAUUUCUCACCAACCAGAUUCAACGGUUCGUCAUGAAACUUCUCUGCCUUUGCCUAUUCGCCAACUUAGUUCUCAAAGCUGAUGGCUUUGAUUUUGACGUUCACCCACUGAAUAAAACCAUUGAGUUGCCUAAACAGAUUGAGAUUAUUGGGAACACCCAAACGGCCUUUGAUGAGAAUGGAACACACCCUCUUGUUCCAUUCGACUUGAAAUCGUUGGCCUGUGGCGACCCUGUUCAUCUUUUGCGACUCGGAGAGUCCAUUGCGUUUUCAACCGGCCUAAGAACGCCUGGAAAUACUCAAAAUUGCAGAUUCGAGUUUGACGUUGGGCCAGCUUUAGGCUCACAAAUGGUCAUAACGUGCUCCCAACUCCAAGUUCCUUGCUCUUUCAACGACCAAUUGUGGAUUUCGGAGCUAAGCGUCACUUCCGUAGGCUGCUUCCCGACGACUGAAGCUCUAACGGAUGUGUUCUUUACUUACAAAAAGUUGAGUGCAUCCAGUCGAAUGUCCUUGAUUUAUCGAGCCGAUCAAAACUCUCCUGUCACCACUGGGAUGGUGUGCAACAUCCAAAAUCAAGGCCCACGUGGAACAGGAUCCAGUACAACGAAAAGGCCACCUCCUGUCCAAACCUGUGGUGGGCCUCCGUCUGCUUCGUCGAGGAUUAUUGAUGGAACCCUUGUAGCGGACAAUGAGUUUGGCUUUAUGGCAAAGCUCACAAUAGACGAUUUAUACCUAUGUGGAGCUAGUGUCUUGAACUCUCGAUGGUUAUUAACAGCAGCUCAUUGUGUGAAACCGUCCUCCAGUGUAGUAGCCUCAUUUGACUGCAUUGGAUCGGUCAAUUGCCGACAAAGCCGAACCCAAGAUCAGAUUUACAUCCAUCCCAAUUGGGAUGAUUCCAACGUUGCCAAGGGCUUUGAUGUGGCCUUAAUUCAAUUAAGCCAGGAUAUACAGUUCUCCAAUGCCGUCUGGCCUGUUUGUCUCCCAGCAAAUCCACCCAAUUUUGGAGAAAACAUGAAGGUCAUUGGAUUCGGGAAUAUCGCCACCAAUGGCCCUACGAGUCAAGAUCUUCUUAUGGGUUUUGUGAAAGUUGAGCCCAUGUCAACUUGUCGAAGGUUCUUUGGAAAUGGCCUUGGUUCGACGGUCUUUUGUGCGAGCCAAAAUCCUUCCUCUACAUGCCGCGGUGACUCGGGUUCCUUUGGGGGCGUGAGGCGAAAUGGGCGUUUCGAAAUUGACGGGAUCACGUCCUUUGGCGGGGCCAUUUGCGAAGACGAUCCUAUGGGGUUCAUGUUGGUUGUCUCCGAGAAAGAAUGGAUCAACUCUUACAUUAACAUUCUAGUUUGAAAAAUGAUUCAGGAAACUUUGCGAAAGCCUAAACUUAUUUUCUUUGUUUGAUUAGGGAUCUUGGGCAAAGUUCUUUGACAAGAAGAGUAAUUUGAAAACGCUCCAAAUUUGUUGUGGAUUGUGGGCGAUUGAAAACCAUUUUUGACCUUCAUUUUUACAUGGUGUGUAAACGAGGUUUUCAGCUUUCCUUGUAAUAUUUGUUUUAUUUCUACGUAAUAGAUGUAUAGGUUUGCAAAUACACAGAUAAUAUUCA